AUGGCCAGUCAUGAAGCAAAUACCCAGGCUGAGCCGGACAUGUUCCAGCAUUCUGUUUUGCCAAAAGAGGAUGGCUCCUUCCGAUUGAUACAAAUCAGACCUGAUCUCUCCAUCGACGGCCUCCCCGACUGUGACCUACAGAAUGCGCUAGUCAAAAAUUCGAACUAUGUCUGUCUUUCCUACACCUGGGGUCGACCAGGGGACGAGUGCCCUAUUAAGCUCAACGGAAAACUAUGUCAUGUGCGCCGAAACCUCUACGACUUCCUCCAAGCGGCACGCCAGCGUCUCACAUUUUGCACGUUAUGGAUAGACGCGCUGUGUAUCAACCAAACCGAUGUCGAAGAACGAAACCACCAAGUUCAGCAGAUGGGUAAUAUCUUUGCUGGCGCAAGCUUUGUCGUGUCGUGGCUGGGCAAUAGUCUCGAAACGCAAAUAUUCGUUCAGGCAAUGGAACAGGAGUUCGACGACCAAGCCUGGAAGACUUGGGAGGAGUUCUACCACAGCAAUAGAUCUCGGCGGAGCAACUCCGAGGAUGUAGAGCCGAACUUCAGCAGUCGCUCGGCCCCAGCUUACAAUCUCAUUGAGAGUGCAUACGACUCCAAAGUCCUUGAUUCUUCACUGAUUCAGAAACAUUACCAUUGUGUUGCAAGGAAUGCGUACUGGAAAAGGGCCUGGGUCACACAGGAAAUAAUGCUAGCAAACGCGCUAGUCGUGAUGGCUGGACAGCACGUCAUCGGCUUCCUGUCACUCGUACACGCCUGUAUGUACACGAUAAGGAAGAUCCCUGGAGAUUCACUCAUGGAAUAUGCGUACCUGUUCUUCAAGCAACAGGGCAACCACCCCGGGGAUAGCCCCGGCCGCUCGUUCGUGCCAAUCGGGAAGUGGCAGGAUACCCAUGGACUGCUCGCCCUCCUACAAUGGUUCAGAGGAAAAUGCUGCGCACUUCGACGGGACCGCAUUUACUCCUUGCUAGCGCUUUGCAAGGGUGGCGAAAAGGUUAGGGUCGAUUACGACGGGUCAGAAUUCGAGCUCAUCAGACAAGUUCUAGAUGCAUGCGAAGACGAACUAUGCUUCUGCUCUGCUGCUACCGUGGCUCGCAUCGUACAAGGACCUGAAUUCUCACAUCUGGAAAAAGAAGCUUACGACGUCACUGUAACGCAUGACUUCAAGCUUCAGGCAUACAGCUCGGAUCUCGAAAUUUGUCCAUCAUGUACCCAGCAGAUACGUCGAUCUAAGCCUGGUGUAUACUUUUGCUUGAGCUGCGAAACCGAUAUUCGCAGAGGCUGGCAUGGCCAUCUUUUCUGGGAUAAUUCUCCUUGUGACAACGUAGUGAAUCCCUCUCGGCGUCGUGACCUCCUGUGGUUAGCCAGAAAAGACAUGCGCAGGCCGCGGGUGCUGUGUAGGAAAGGACAAGGAAUUGAGAUCAAACAAGAAGAGGUCGAAGGCGAGAUCUACACCUUGCGAUUUUCUCUCGGUACCCUCGUCGAUGUCAUGCAUCUCAAAUUUGAAGACGAAAAGCGGGUUCAUUCAUCGCACACAUGUCGUGGUUGA